CAGAGAACACACACAAGAGAGAAACCUUAUGAAUGUAACAUGUGUGGAAAGUCUUUCUUCUGGAAGGCAUAUCUUACUAGACACCAGAGAACACACACAGGAGAGAAACCUUUUGAAUGUAACAUGUGUGGAAAGUCUUUCUUCUGGAAGACAUGCCUUACUGUCCACCAGAGAACACACACAAAAGAGAAACCUUUUCAAUGUAACAUUUGUGGAAAAUCUUUCAUAUGCAAGACAUAUCUUACUAGACACCAGAGAACACACACAGGAGAGAAACCUUAUGAAUGUAACAUGUGUGGAAAGUCUUUCACCCAGAAAUCGAUGCUUACUCACCACCAGAGAACACACACAGGAGAGAAACCUUAUGAAUGUAACAAGUGUGGAAAGUCUUUCACCUGGAAGACAUACCUUACUGUCCACCAGAGAACACACACAAAAGAGAAACCUUUUGAAUGUAACAUUUGUGGAAAGUCUUUCUCCUGGAAGGCAUAUCUUACUCUCCACCAGAGAACACACACAGGAGAGAAACCUUAUGAAUGUAACAAGUGUGGAAAGUCUUUCAUCCAUAAAUCAAUGCUUACUCGCCACCAGAGAACACAUAAUAGAGAGAAAUCUUAUGAAUGUAACGUGUGUCGAAAGUCUUUCACCGAGAAAUCAAACCUUACUCGCCACCAGAGAACACACACAAAAGAGAAACCUUUUGAAUGUAACAUUUGUGGAAAGUCUUUCUCCUGUAAGGAAUAUCUUACUCUGCACCAGAGAACACACACAGGAGAGAAACCUUAUGAAUAUAAGAUGUGUGGAAAAUCUUUCACCAGGAAAUCAAAUCUUAAUCUCCAUCAGAGAACACAUACUAGAGAGAAACCUUUUGAAUGUAACAUUUGUGGAAAGUCUUUCUCCUGCAAGGCAUAUCUUACUCUGCACCAGAGAACACACACAGGAGAGAAACCUUAUGAAUGUAAGAUGUGUGGAAAAUCUUUCACCAAGAAAUCAACUCUUAAUCUCCAUCAGGGAACACAUACUAGAGAGAAAACGUAUGAAUGUAACUUGUGUUGAAAGUCUUUCACCCAUAAAGGUAACCUUACUAUGCACCAG